AUGACAAUACUGAGUAUUGUCAUCUUCCUAUUAAUUAAUGUUUCCUCUGACCCUAUUUCAGAUUUUGUUAAACCAGCAACUCCUCCAAAAUAUUUUGCAAUAGAUAUUGAUGGUACGUUCCAUAUAAAAGAUGAAUCAAAAUUCAAGAAAAACGUCGAAGCAUUCAAACGACUCAAACAAAAUAAUAUAACUCCCUUUUUCUGUACAGGGAGGGAUACAUUUUGUGUGAAAAAAUUGUUAGGAGAUUCGUUUUUCAACGAGUCUGGAUAUAAUUUUUAUCCAGGAGUUUAUGCCAAUGGAACACUUGUUUAUGACUCGGAUGGGAAUUUGAUAUCAGAAUUAAAGUUUGAAGAUACCCUUUUAGAAAAAUUUAUUCAAUAUUUUGAAGACAAUGGUCUUAAAGAUAAAACAAUGUAUUUGACUAAAGACGGAUUUUUAUCCCUUGAAGAAUUUUUCGAUGAUGGUAAAAAAGCUAUGAAUUUAAAGCAGUUUGUAUUACCAGAAAAAGUUACGAAGGGUGAAUUAAAACAAAAAGAUGUUGUAGCAAUAGCUGUAUUCAAGAUUGGUUUAACCAAUUGCAACUUUAUCGAUCAAGUAUAUCCGAUUGAAUUUUCCAAACAUGGUUACACCCAGAUAACACCUUCUGAAUGUAAUAAAAAAAUUGGACUCGAAAAAUUAUUGAAAAAACUACAAUCAAGUGGGCAAGAAUGUGCAUUUAUUGGAGACGACUCGAACGAUUUAGAACCCAUGGAGUUUUGUUCCAUAUCAUUUGCAGUUGGAGAUGCAGUAGAUGAAGCUAAAAAUAAGGCCAAGUGGUUGUUAGACUUAAAGCAUGAUGAGUGUGCUUUUGAGAAGGUGGUUGAACUCUUGGUAAAUUAA